AUGGGCGAAGGCGAUGUUACUCUUACCCUGCAAAAGUAUGACCUCAAGUCUAGAGGUGCCACUCCCACAGCAAGGGCCAUAGCUCCGAAGGAAUUCCAAGAGGCUGCACUACAGCAUCUGCGAUGGUACUUGGUCCACAACAAGCGGCUGCCAAAAGAAUACGUGAACCAGAAGUUCUGUGAUAAAGAGGGUGCCAAUAUCCCGGACGACACAAACUUUGACGUUUAUACCAAGCUCAACAAGGAGUCGGAGGAGGAUUCGUUCAACGUUUACUUCAUAGCGCUGGGCGAGCAACAAUCGAUCUGA